AAAAUAAAAAUGAAAGAUGUGUAUGGUUGAAAAUAGGCAUGCAGUUCAGGUAAUAAUAUGGUGAUAGAGGAAUUCUAAUUUCCGUCAGACGCCAUUUCAAAUCCUGCACAGAAAGAAUUUUACUAAAUUUAGUAGGAACAAGAAAGGCAGCCAGCCAAAAGAGCUACAUAUUGUUUUGGACUCUCCACUUAAGACAUCCUCAUGACUUCUUCUGUGCAUGAUCGUUCUGAUAAUAGUGAAUCUGAUGACCAGCAAAGUCAUUCUUCCUUGCCUGCAAUUGGUAUUUCUCAUCCUGGAAUUCCAACCCCAAAUAUUCAGUAUGCAGCCCCUCCACAAGUUGGAACAGGACAUGCAGUGGCACCAGCAGCUUACCCUUAUCCAGACCCUUACUACAGAAGCAUCUUUGCUCCCUAUGACACACAACCAUAUCCUCCACAGCCCUAUGGGGGGCAACCAACGGUCCAUCUUCAGUUAAUGGGAAUCCAGCAAGCAGGAGUUCCAUUGCCAUCAGAUGCAGUUGAGGAACCAGUGUUUGUAAACGCAAAACAAUAUCAUGGCAUCUUGCGACGUCGGCAGUCUCGUGCUAAAGCAGAAUCGGAAAAUAAAGCUCUUAAGUCUCGAAAGCCAUACUUGCAUGAAUCUCGACACCAGCAUGCACUGAGAAGAGCUAGAGGAUGUGGGGGUCGAUUUCUUAAUGCAAAGAAAAAUGACAACCAGCAGGAUGAAAUGUCAUCAGGCGACAAAUCCCAGCCAAAUAUCAAUUUAAACUCUGAUAAAAGUGAGCUUGCUUCCUCAGAUGGAACAUCCUGAUUACUCAGAAGCAAUUGCAACGCGCUCAAGGGGCCACAUGAAGUAUCUAUCCUUCAACAACUGCCAGGGAAUGGAGGUCCCCAAUACCAGCCUUGCUAGUCUCGGUAGUGCUUCACUGUGACUUGAAGCUCAUUAGCAAUAGCAUGUAUAGGUUCUUCAGUAGUAGGCUUGUAGGGGGGGCUGCAAAAGACAAAGUAGGCAGUCUUAUUGAAGCGCAGUGAUAUAACCGUCUCCCGAAUGGGUUUCAUUUCAACCCUUUGCUUCUUUUUUUUAAUCCCAGGAGAGUGAUGGUUAAGUUUGCUGUGUGGUUUAAGUUUGCACUUAUACCUGUUGUGAGGUUGGAAACUUGUCUGACAAAGUUUAGAGCCCGUGUUGUUUGGUUUGGUAAUGUUUCAAUAGAUUGGCAAAAGAUUAGGUUGGCUGCUGUUUAUGUAGUAGUAGUUUUAUUCGUUUGUUAUCAACUGAGACAAUAAGUUUAAUGGUUAAUGAAAUUGGGUAAUUAUCAACCAGCA